GAAGAACAACAGCUCGGAUAUUUACUAUUUACUCGCCAUUGUAUGAUUUCAUUCUCAUGUUGUGACUUCGCAACAUAUUACGUGUCUGAGCGAUAAUUAGUUUUAGUUGAUUAAUUGUGGAAAAAACAGUGAAGCAAAGUGCAGCGAAACGUCAAAAGAAAGUGAAUCGUAUAAAUUUAGUUUGAUUAAAAAAAGUUUGAGCGAUAAAUCAUCAAAUAUAUUUACUCAUUAAACUGAAACGGUAGAGAUCGUUUAAAUUGAAAUUUCGCCGUUGGAUGCAGUCAAGAAUGAAUAUGAAGUAGGAAAACGUUUUUUCAAAGAUGAAGCAAAAUAAUAUGAUUCCCAUUUAUAAUCAUCAAAAUCGCGUGCCAAACCCACCGUAUGUAUUGAGGCCCAUGCAACACUUUUUGCCAACCAGAGCAGACUUGUGGAAAAUAGAAGUACAGCGACAAGAACAGCAAAUGCGACGCUUUCAUAUUGAGAAUGGGAUGAGCCCAGUGGAACAAUUACAGACAGCGUUGUCACAAGGAUGUGAGGCACGAGGGUCAGCUUUUUCGCCUGUGUGUGGGCAAAAUUCGGUAUUCGAGACACCGGCAGUGCAGAGAGAAAAUAUGGCGUCACCGAAACCAACGGAUUCAUUACCAACGAAAUGGACGUCUCAAGUAAAACCUCAAACGAAUUCAAAAAUAGAGUCCUCGGCCCAAAAUCCUGCAAAUAAGAGAUCGAAUUCAACAUCAUCGGAGAACUGCUAUGACCAGGUACCACAACAGCCUAGCCAGCCGUUCAAAUUUACCAUUCUUGAAUCCUGCGACAGGAUUAAGGAGGAAUUCGGCUUUUUACAAGCCCAGUAUCACAGCAUGAAAAUGGAGUGUGAGAAACUAGCGCAAGACCGGUUGGAAACACACAGACACUAUGUCAUGUACUACGAGAUGUCAUACGGUCUCAACGUCGAGAUGCACAAACAGACGGAGAUAUCGAAAAGAUUGAACGCCAUCAUACUGCAAAUCAUGCCAUUUUUGUCCCAAGAGCACCAGCAGCAAGUCCACACCGCCGUUGAAAGAGCAAAGCAAGUCACCAUGGCAGAGCUCAACUCCAUCGUCGGGCAGCAACGCCCCCCCGAUAUGUCACGACUGCUGCAACAGAUGUCGGUCCAGCACUUGCCUCCCGGUGCUGCAUUAGGUCCACAUCCAGGCCUGCCAGGCUUACCUGCCCUCGGACCCGGUGGUGGUCUCCCAGUACCGACUUCGGCGGCGUCUCUUAUCGGACUCGGAAUACCUCCUGGUGCACCGCCGACUCCGUCGAAUGCCAACAUUCAUGCCUCGCCGAUACACCCAAAGACCGAAAUGACUCACAGAAAUAACCAACCGGAUGAUGCCAAAAGUAACGGAGGACUCAGUUCAGCCGAAGAGAGACACAGAGCUUCGAUAUCGCCAGCCGACAACAAGUAUAUCAGGCAACGCUCGCCGCAAGAUAAUCUACACAGUCAUCACUCAUCGAAUCAUCACGAGCAUCCGAUUCAUAUGAAAAAAAUGAAGAAGGAACACGAGAAAGAUCUUGGCCACCAAAGCGACGGAGAGAAAAGUGACCAAGAUCUCGUGGUCGACGAUGCCAGCGACUGCCCUGCUAGUCCCGCUGUGAAUGGCACCGCCUCGCCCCGCGAAAACGGCAUCGAGAAGCACACCGCCUCGGGUAUGAGCAGUGCCGGUUCCUCCAGCAAUGGCAAUGGCCAGCUGAAGAAGGACGUGCCGCCUCAGUCGCCUCGCAGCGGCACUAGCAGCAACGCUAGCACCCCCUCGGCCAAGAAGAUGGAGGAGCGCGAAAAAUCCGCCACUCCGAUCUCGAAGCCCAUGACGCCGACUCCUUCGGCGGCUCUGAAGCCCGCGAGCACGAGCAAAGCUCCGGCUGCCAUGCAGGGCCCACCACCUCCGGGUGGCAUGCCCGGCGCUUUCCCCGCCUACUAUCCUCCCGGACCGCAUCAUCUGCCACCGGGAGCCAACCCAGGCCAACUAGAGCUCAUGGGAUAUGGUGCCUACGGCGCCCCGAGACCACCACUGGGUGCCGGAAUUCCACCUCAGAUGUACGAUCCGCAUGGCGCCAUGAGAAUGCCGCUGCCAGCUGCCUCCGUUCCUGGUGGAAAACCAGCUUACAGCUUCCAUGUUUCUGGCGACAAUAUCAUGGUACCGGUACCGUUUCCUCCAGAUGCUCUCAUGGGCGCCGGAAUUCCACGACAUGCCCGGCAAAUCAGCACACUCAACCAUGGAGAAGUAGUGUGCGCUGUGACGAUCUCGAACCCGACCAAAUAUGUCUACACCGGUGGAAAGGGCUGCGUGAAGGUGUGGGACAUCAGCCAAACCGGCAACGGCAACUCCAAACCCGUGUCCCAAUUGGACUGCUUGCAACGUGAAAAUUACAUCAGGUCCGUGAAACUGUUGCCCGAUGGACGCACACUCAUCGUCGGAGGAGAAGCCAGUCAGCUCAGUAUCUGGGACUUGGCUAGUCCAACUCCAAGAAUAAAGGCCGAACUAACGUCUUCGGCUCCAGCCUGUUACGCACUCGCGAUCUCGCCGGAUUCGAAAGUUUGCUUCAGCUGCUGUAGCGACGGCAACAUCGCCGUGUGGGAUCUUCACAAUCAGGCGCUCGUCAGACAGUUCCAAGGCCACACCGAUGGUGCAUCGUGCAUCGAUAUAUCUGCCGAUGGCUCCAAGCUGUGGACCGGAGGUCUCGACAACACUGUGCGCUCGUGGGAUCUUCGCGAGGGUCGUCAGCUCCAGCAGCACGACUUCACCUCGCAGAUCUUCUCACUUGGCUACUGUCCCACCGGCGAAUGGUUAGCCGUGGGUAUGGAAAAUUCUAACGUUGAGGUACUGCAUGCGACCAAACCCGACAAGUAUCAGUUGCAUCUGCACGACUCGUGCGUACUGUCGCUACGAUUCGCUUCCUGCGGCAAAUGGUUUGUUUCUACUGGCAAGGACAACCUUCUCAACGCAUGGCGUACACCUUACGGAGCCUCGAUAUUCCAGUCGAAAGAAUCGUCGUCCGUGUUGAGCUGCGACAUUUCCAUAGAUGACAAAUUCAUCGUCACUGGUUCUGGUGAUAAGAAAGCAACGGUCUACGAGGUGAUGUAUUAAAGCAGCCACCUUUGUGCCAGACAGAUGCAGGAACACAGGCAGACUUGAGAAAAUUCUUCGAGUCUCACGCACAAUUUCAGCAUGCCAACUGACCAUAUUGUACAUAAGAGAGAAUAGAUGGUAAGACUGUCAUGAUCACUGUCCAAAUCACCCGUUGGCUGAGUUUUCGUAUCAUCGAAUUUGUGCGGAAAUGUUUAUAACUACACGCGCGUGCAAUUAUAAUUAUUAUUACCUCAUAAAAAAUUCAUUGUUACAAUUACCAUUAAAAAUUAUAAACGAUUAUUGCUAUUUUUGUAAUUAAUUUUCGUAUGAUUCUAUAAGAUAAAAGUAGUAUUUAAAAUUUUAAUGAGCGCGAGAUAAUUUGAUUAUAUUUUUAAAAUCAACAAAAGUCGUUAGCUUGUUGGGUAAAAAAUGUACUUUCAUGCAUAUUUUAACGCAAACAUAUUUAUUUUUUACAAUAUGUUCAUUUGAAUGUAUAUGAAAGUACUGCAUAAAUCUCAUUAACUGAGAGAAAAUGAAGCAUUUCUUCGACAGCUCUUUGACAUUGCAUAGACUUAGAUUUUCAUUAAAUCGUUGUUUUUUUUUAAUUUUUUUACGUUUAUUUUUGUUUUAAGACUAAGCAGAUGAAUCGCGACGACGAAAGAGAGUGAGUGUGCACGAGCGAUGUGAUGAAAGCUUUAGUACAUGCAAAUACAGACGCGCGUCGGGCUUAUUAUAUAAAA